AUGGAUGAUUACUUGGAGAGUCCUAUGGACGCGGACGACAUCUUUCCCUGCAAGGGCUGCGGUGAGAUCCUAGAGGAAGGGAAGGCAUUCGAACUUGCCGGGAACCGGUGGCAUCUUGACUGCUUCCGCUGCAAUACCUGCAACACACUGCUCGACUCGGACGCGAACCUACUCCUCCUCGGCGAUGGCUCACUUAUCUGCAACAACUGCACCUACAGCUGCAGUGCCUGCGGGAAUAAGAUCGAGGAUCUUGCCAUCUUGACUGGUGAUCAGGCUUUUUGCGCUACCUGCUUCCGCUGUAGGAACUGCAAGAGGAAGAUAGAGAACUUGCGCUAUGCCAGGACCUCCCAUGGCAUCUUCUGCAUGAACUGCCACGAGUCCCUGAUGGCGCGACGGCGAAAGAAGUCAAAGGCAGCUGCGCAGGCUAAACGGGAGAAGGAUGCCUCCCCCAUGAUUACAGACAAAUCGCUACCCGCCUUACCGCCAAAUGCCGUGCCCCCCAACGCCUUCUCCAAUGACCGCGUGACUCCCGACUCCGAUACCCCGACCGAGCUCUCUCCGCGUCCUCGAGCCGCCUACGGCAGAGCCGAGUCCGCCUCCCGCAACGGCUCGAGGCCCGACCCUUCCCCUGAGCGGGCCCCAGAGCCGUCGAAGGAGUCCUCCUCCCUUGCACCAUCCGCCCCAAGCUACAGGCACAACCGCAGCUCGGCCAUUUUCGCAGGAGAACUCAGUAGUGGCGACGGUGACGGUGGCUUUUUCAUCCCCGUCGCCCUCGACCCUAGCCCAGCACCGGCAUUGACCCCACAAUCCAUGUCGGAAGCAUUUACCGACUCCAGCAGGAGAAAUCAGGAUAGGGACUAUUUCAGCUCGCCGAAGCCCGCCGCGGAGAAGCGGACCGAUUCGCAGGCCUCAACGCCUCACAUCGCGUUUCAGGAAAAGGGGAGACAGCCAUCGUCGGAUUAUGAGGUUCCUCAGCAGGACCGACCGGCUCGGAAACUUUCCAAGAGGAACGGAAACUCCCGUGCUUCGCCCACUGCUGAGGAAGGGAAAAUUUCUAGUAUGAAGACUCAGCCCAACGACGAGUUCAAGCUCCAAGAUGCUCCCAAGAGCAAGAGGUCGGGGAAUUCCAGGGAUUCUAGGAGCAACUCCUUGUCCGGCAAUUUGCCGGACACAUCUGUUCCCGCCAAAGCACCCCCAGCUCCUCCCCGAAAUAGAGAGCCCCUCUCAAACGCUACAGAUAGCGAUGUGUCACGCCAGUCCGGGACAGGAGACAAGGCGCCCCCGCCGAGACCUCAGGACCCUCGUCGGAGAGAUGACGAUACUGUCCGGCCCUCGUUAGACUCGAUGACAUCUGGCCGACCAGAAGUCCUUACCACACAAUCACCUAUUGUGAGGAAGGAGUUGCCUCAAAGUCAGUCGCGGAACGUGAAUGGGAACGAACCUACUCUACCGCCGCGUCCUAGCAUACCCGAGACUAAACUGAGCGACACGUACAUGCAACCCAGGGCGCCACCCCAGCCCCCAACACAGAACCCCAAGGAACCCACGACCUCGGGUGUUGAAGUGCCGGGUCCAAAGCUGUCACCCAAAUUACCACGAUGGAGUUCCGGCGGGGAGUUUACCUUGGACGAGGAUAUGGCUAGGAUACUGGGUACCGACGAGGGCUCGUCAUCGAUCCUACGGCGGGUGUCGAAUGCGGUCCGACAUGGCCGGAAUAACAGCGCUGAAGUAGGUAACCACUAUGCGAGGCUCGGUCAUAGUAGGAGUGUGAGCGAGACGACCAGGGGAACCGCGUCCCCCCGCUGGCCGAGGACGCCGAUUGCUGAGGAUCCGAGCGGCGCCCACGACAUCAGCAGCCCCCUCUCGCUCUCUGGAAGCGCGCAGGAGGACCCGGCCUUCCUGAAACGGCAACUAAGGAGCUCCGAGCAGCGUGUGGCGGAGCUCGAGCGGCAGUUCAACACGGAGAAGGAUCUGCAGAGCCUGAACAAAAAGCUUGUUGAGAAGAGGAAGACGGUCUCGGUGUUGGACACUCAGACCGAGAUCAUGAUUCGCCAGAUCGAGGUACUUGCUGGGUACGUGGAGCGAGCCAAGAAGACCAACCAGCCCAUCGAUCCUCGUGAGCUGGAAGAGUCGGCGAUCAAGGAGUUUGUGCAAAAGCUGGACAAGGUCAAGCAGAGCAUGGCGGCAGCGAUCGAGCAGCUCCAUGCCGAGCGCGACGAGCUCCUGGAGGAAAAGGCCCAGGCGCUUGCCGACCGAGACCGAGCGCUGCUCGAGUUUGAGCAGCUGUCUUCCAAGAACGCGCAGCUUGCCGAUAUGAACAACGACCUGACGCACCAGAUCCAGGAGAGGUUCAAGCAACAAAUCGGCAAUGGCGACCUAAGGAUGCCUUCCAGCGGCCUGGGCAUCUACGGCCAUGCGAAGGGCGUAUCGUCUGCAUCGGUCAACCUGGAUUCGGCCAGUAUGCAAACGGGCACUACCUUGGUCGGUCCCGAUGCGGAGGACACGGUUGUGGAGGGACCCACGGUUGUCAACAUUCGCAAAGGUCAGGUGAAGAAGUUCAACUGGAAGAAAGGCUCCAGCAAAGUGGCGCACAACAUCUCGAAGGGCAUCAACCGGGCAGCAGGCGCAUUCCAACAACAGGAGCAGACCCGGCCGGCCCAGGGGCUGACGGGCGACAGCAUCGGGCUCCCUUAUAACAUGACAGUUGCCCAGAUCGAGUCCCCGGUAAUGAUGGGCCCUUCGGGCGGGCCCAAUCGGGCAGCGACCGAAAACACGCGGCAAGGAUUCGGCUUCUUCAGCAAGAAACAACCCAACGUUCCCAAAUCGACGUCUGUCACGAAUGUGUCGGCCAGCCCAGCCCCCGCGGAAGCGCCCAGCACGCUGUUCGGGUCGGAGCUCGUCGAGCGCGCCGACUACGAGCGGCGCCAGAUCCCUAGCGUGGUGACGCGCUGCAUUGAGGAGGUGGAGCUGCGCGGCAUGGACGUCGAGGGCAUCUACCGCAAGACGGGCGGCAAUUCCCUCGUCAAGUCGAUCCAGGAGGGGUUCGAAAAGACAGAGGACUACGACAUCUCGGACCCGUCGCUGGAUAUCACGGCCGUAACGAGCGUGCUGAAACAGUACUUCCGCAAGCUGCCCACGCCGCUGCUCACGUUUGAGAUUUAUGAUCGGAUAUUGGAAUCCAAUAUGAUACAAAACGAGAUGGAGCGGUGCGCUCACAUGAGAAAGACGAUCAACAUGCUCCCGCCCAAGCACCGCGACUGCCUCGAGUUUCUUAUGUUCCACCUCGCCCGGGUGGCGAGCCGAGAGCGAGAGAACUUGAUGUCGCCCAAGAACCUGGCCGUCGUUUUCGCGCCGACCAUCAUGCGCGACCACAGCCUCGAGAGGGAGAUGACGGACAUGCAUGCGAAGAAUGUGGCGGUGCAGUUCUUGAUCGAGAACAGCCAUGUCAUCUUUGGCGACGCAUGA